AUGUCCCAUCAACUAGAGAAGGGAGCCAACGCUGACAGCAAAGAAGAUGCAGUCAGCGAAGCGACCGGCAUCAUUGAUGCCGUGGAUGACAAGAAGCUCCGGCACAGAAUCGACUUGUACCUGAUGCCCCUUCUGACGAUCUCAUUCUUCCUACAAUUUCUGGACAAGCAGACCCUCAGUCUUGCGUCUGUCAUGGGAUUGAUUCAACAACUGGGUCUCAAAGGCACGCAAUACUCGUGGUCCGGAUCGAUCUUCUAUUUUGGAUACUUGGCCCUCUCUUAUCCUGCCGCCUAUCUCAUGGUCAAACUUCCUCUAGCAAAAUUCCUGGCCGGGACUUGCAUGAUCUGGGCUACGAUCCUAGCAUGUCAUGCAGCGGCGAAUAACUUCACAGGUCUAGCAGUCACGCGAUUCUUCCUGGGUGCCGCUGAGAGCAGUCUGGCGCCUGGCUUCGGUCUCAUCAUUGCCAGCUUUUACACCAGAGCAGAGCAGCCGUUUCGUCUAGGAAUCUGGUUCCUGGGCGCUUCCUUUGGAACCGGAUUCGGCGGGUUGUUUGGGUAUGCUAUCGCGCACAUCCAUUCCAGUGUCCUCGAGAACUGGCAGUGGCUGUUCGUCAUCCUCGGGAUCGUGACAUUCCUGUGGGGUAUACUUCUGUUCUUCUUACUGCCGAGCAAUCCACAAAACGCCAAAUUCUUGUCUACGGAACAAAAGGCUAGAGCAAUUGCCAGGCUGCAUGAAAAUCAGACUGGACUCAACGAAGACCGGCGCUGGAAAUGGGAUCAAGCGAUAGAAGCAUUGACGGACCCCAGGAUUUGGCUGGUUGUGAUCUAUCAGCUGGCAAUCGCAAUCCCCAACGGCGGCGUCACAACCUUCAUGUCACUUAUCGUUGCAGGUCUGGGCUUCUCACGAUUCGAGGUCUAUCUUCUGCAGAUACCUGUCGGCGUUGUCCAUGCUUUCGCAGCGUUGACUUCGACCUACAUUUGCAGCCACGUCAAGAAUGCCAGGUGCUGGGUAGGCAUGACUCUUAAUAUCAUAGCAAUUGUCGGCACCACCCUGAUUCGAUAUGGACCGAACACAGGCGCAAAGCUGACUGGAUUCUUCUCAUUCGUUGUCUUUGGAUGCGGGAUUCCUAUCGGACAGUCAAUGAUCGCGUCGAACGUCGCAGGAUUUACCAAGAAGUCUGUGGCUUCGGCAAUGAUGUUCUUUGCUUAUUGCAUUGGAAAUAUUACUGGUCCUUUCCUCUUCUUCUCAUCGGAGGCAAAGCAGAACUACCCAUCCGGAUUCACCGCUCUCAUGAUCUGCUUUGGGGUCGCAUUCGCUGCUCUCUUCAUCUUACGCAUCGUUUUGGUCAUUGAAAACCGCAAGCGAGACCAGGAGCAUGGAAUCGUGUCAGAGGAGCUCUCUGCAGAGCGUCCUGGUGAGACAGCACUGGCGGACCGAACAGAUGGCAAGAACAAGAGCUUCAGAUAUUUGUUGUAG